AUGGAGGACUGGACUCCAAGCUCUUGGGCUACGAAACCCAUCAAGCAAGAUGUCGUCUAUGACGAUACGGAGGGAGUACAAGCAGCUCUGAACAAGCUCCAGAAGCUUCCCCCGCUUGUCACAACGCAGGAGAUUCUGAAUCUGAAAAAGAGCUUGCGAAAUGUUGCCUUGGGCAAAGCUUUUGUUCUGCAAGGAGGGGAUUGCGCCGAGCUGUUUGAUUACUGCAAUCAGGAUAUGGUAGAAGCGAAACUCAAAUUGCUUCUGCAGAUGAGCGCAAACAAACCUGUUGUGCGAAUCGCACGUAUAGCCGGGCAAUUUGCCAAGCCCCGAUCAAGCCCUAUGGAGGUGGUCAACGGCGUUGAGAUGCCCUCGUUCCGUGGUGACAACAUCAACGGCUUCGCUGCCACCGCAGAGUCUCGCAGGCCAGAUCCGUCACGGCUUGUCUCGGCGUACUUCCACUCCGCCGCCACGCUCAACUACAUGCGCGCCUCGCUCUCGUCUGGUCUUGCGGAUCUCCAUUCCCCACUGGACUGGGGACUCGGUCACGUCAUCACGCCCUCCAUCAAGGAGAAGUACGAGCGCAUAGUUAGCCGGGUCAAGGACGCGCUGCGCUUCAUGCACACUGUCGGAAUCGACACAGAUCGAGGCGUCGAGACCGUCGACAUCUUCACCAGCCACGAGGGUCUUCUCCUCGAAUACGAGCAGAGUCUCACCCGCCUCCUCCGCAACCCACAUACCACGACUCUCCAGCCCACCACAACCUCAACCUCCUCUACCUCUACGACUAGCACCCCCCUGCAAAGCUACUACGCCACCUCAGCACACUUCCUCUGGAUCGGCGACCGCACGCGCCAACUCGACGGCGCCCACGUCGAAUUCUUCCGCGGCAUCGCCAACCCCAUCGGCAUCAAGAUCGGCCCCAGCAUGACCCCCGACGACCUCGUCCGCCUCCUCGACGUCGUCAACCCCACCCGCGAAAUCGGCAAGGUAACCCUGAUCUCCCGCUACGGCGCCGCCAAGAUCGCCGAGCACCUCCCCGCCCACAUCGCCGCCGUCCAACGCUCCGGCCACCUCCCCGUCUGGCAAUGCGACCCCAUGCACGGCAACACGCAGACCACCCCGACCGGCGUGAAAACACGGCACUUCAGCGACAUCCUCUCCGAGCUGCGGCAGGCGCUCGAGAUCCACCGCUCCGCAGGCUCGUUCCUCGGCGGCAUGCACCUCGAGCUGACCGGCGAGGCUGUCACGGAGUGCGUCGGCGGCGCGGGCGGGCUGACCGAGGAAGGGCUGGGUGAGCGGUACACGACGUUCUGUGAUCCGCGCCUGAACGAGAAGCAGGCGCUGGAACUCGCGUUUCUGGUCGCGGGGUUCUACCGCGAGAUGGACGAUGCGGAGGGGAUGAACUCGAUCUAA